AUGACCACUCAUUCUCCUCCCGUGCCUCAUCUCCACUCCCACCUCCACCUGCGCCGCUCCCCGCCGCCCGCCGCCGCCGCCGCUCCACCGGCGCCCCUCCCCUUCCCUCGCCCCUCCCCGCCUCCACCCGACCCUCUCCGCACCCUCCUCGCAUCACCGCCGUCGCCACCUGGACUCCACGCCGCCGUGGCCACCACUCGCCCCACCCGCGCUCGCCGCUGCCGCCCACUCCACCUCGUCCCCUGCCGUCGCCGCCGCCCCACCCCACCACAACCCCACCCCACCCGUCACCCCAGUCUGUCCUUCACUGGCCCCGGCCCCGUCCACGGCGCCCCGACCCUGCGCCCCCUCCCUCUCCUGCUCGGGCCUCCGCCGGCCUUCGCCGCGCCGGCCCAGGCUUGGAGACUCCUCCGCCGAUGCCCUGCAGCCGCCCCGACCCCGCCCCCUCCUGCAGACGCCCCGACCCCGCCCCCUCCCGCAGCCGCCCCGACCCCGGAGAGCCUUCUCUUUUUUUCAUUUUUUUCAUUUGUUAGAUGA